UAAGAGAGAAACCUGUCAAUAAUAUUGAGAUGCCCGAUGGCGAACCUCGAUUAGGAAAUGAGGCGACGGGGAUUCGAUGGCGCCUUAUCCACUAGUACUGAUGAAUGGAACACGUUGCCGUGGCUGUCUGUAGUCUGAAUAAAAUGUUGUAAAUCCUACAAAAAAAUCAGCUAUUGAACUAUUUGUAUCCGAUUUAACUAGUUUCGUUGUUGAAACAGAAAUGAGCUCUGAAAAGCAAUCACGCAGUGAGUCUGACGGCGGCGAAGCCCAGGUACGGGCUGUUGCGCCUGAAGUACACGCGCACAAAGGCCUACCUCCAGCUGCUACGGCGCUUCCCAUUGGCGCUUUUGCCACUACCCUCACUACGCUCUCGCUUAGUCUCAUGGAAUGGCGAGGAGUUACAACGACCAAUGUCUAUGUUGCAAACUUCUUCUUUGUUGCUGCUCUAGGCUUGGUCAUUUCUGCUCAAUGGGAACUUUCUGUUGGUAACGGCUUUGCGUACACUGUCUACAGUGCUUUUGGAUUCUUCUAUGCAGGCUAUGCAGCUAUUCUGACACCAUCCUUUGGAAUCAGGGCUACCUAUGGUGACGAUGCUGCCCAAUACAACAAUGCGCUUGGAUUCUUCAUCCUCUUGUGGACCAUCUUUGUGUUUACUUUUCUGGUCGCCUCCAUACCAACCCAUAUUGUCAACAUCCUCAUCUUCUUCUUUGUUGACCUGGGAUUCCUCGCCAUCGCCGCAGCAUACUUUGCCAAAGCUGAUGGUCAUGCGACGGCUGCUACUGGCCUCAACAAGGCGGGCGGUGUCUUCUGUUUCCUUGCUGGCCUUGUUGGAUGGUACCUCACUUUCCAUUUGCUCUUGAAAGAUGACCUGGUCGAGUUGCCAUUAGGGGACGUCUCCCACUACUUCCGUAAAUGGCGCGCAAAGAGGCUAGGAAACUCUGCUUAA